AUGUCUACUUUUGGCCAGCUUUUCCGUGUCACCACCUAUGGUGAAUCCCAUUGCAAAUCUGUCGGCUGUAUCGUCGACGGUGUCCCACCAGGGAUGUCGCUUACCGAGGACGACAUCCAGCCUCAGCUGAGCAGAAGAAGACCUGGUCAGUCCAAGCUUUCAACCCCAAGAAACGAAAAAGACAAGGUCGAAAUCCAAUCCGGUACUGAAUUUGGCAAGACCCUGGGUACCCCAAUCGGUAUGAUAGUGAAGAACGAGGACCAGAGACCCCACGAUUACAGCGACAUGGACAACUACCCAAGACCAUCCCACGCAGACUUCACCUACCUCGAAAAAUACGGCAUCAAGGCCUCUUCAGGUGGUGGCCGCUCCUCCGCUAGAGAAACCAUCGGCCGUGUUGCCGCAGGUGCCAUUGCCGAAAAGUUCUUGAAGCAAUUGUCCAACGUUGAGAUUGUCGCCUUCGUCACCCAAAUCGGUACAAUCAAGAUGGACAGAAACCCAUUGGAUCCUAAAUUCCAGCACAUCCUCAACACUAUCACCAGAGAAAAGGUCGAUGCAGCCGGCCCCAUCAGAUGCCCCGACGCUUCCGUCGCCGGAGACAUGGUCCACGAAAUCGAGAAAUACAGAGGUGAAAAGGACUCCAUUGGUGGUGUGGUAACGUGUGUCAUCAGAAAUGUACCAACUGGUUUGGGUGAACCUUGUUUCGACAAGUUGGAGGCCCUUUUAGCCCAUGCUAUGCUCUCGAUUCCUGCUUCUAAAGGUUUUGAAAUUGGGUCUGGUUUCGCUGGUGUUGAAGUCCCUGGCUCUAAGCAUAACGAUCCAUUCUUCUAUGACGAGGACUCAAAGAAACUGAGAACGAAAACUAACAACUCUGGUGGUAUUCAAGGUGGUAUCUCCAACGGUGAAAACAUCUACUUUUCUGUUCCAUUCAAGUCUGCUGCUACUAUCUCCCAAGAGCAACCUACUGCUACUUACGAUGGUAAGGAUGGUGUCUUGGCUGCCAAGGGUAGACACGACCCUUCUGUUACUCCCAGAGCUGUGCCAAUUGUUGAAGCCAUGGCUGCUUUGGUCUUGGCCGAUGCUGUUCUACUUCAAAAGUCUCGUGAAUUCGCCCAGAGCAUUGUUGCUUGA